GCCGGUAGCAGCGUUAAGUAGGCUUCUGCCUCAGUCGGGACUUAUCAGCCGCGACAGCGUCCGGUCCGGAGCACGCGAGGCGCCCCGUCUAACCACCACCUUGUUCCGGAGGGGUUUGCACACCGCCCUUCGCUCCAAUUUCCUAUGGAUCCCGUAAUGCUGGGGUUGGUGCUGAUGGCGCUGGCGUUUGCGGCGAACCUCUUCAACCGGAGACUCAAAUGGACGAAAGCCGUCAACCUGAUACCAGGGCCCCCCGCCAUGCCCAUCCUGGGCAACUCCUGGGACUUGCUGUGGACGUUCAAAGCUAACCAGACGCAGGCUUUCGACUUCUGGACCAAAACAUACGGAGACAUCUUCCGAGUGUGGAUCGGACAUAACAAUGCUAUCGUAAUACUUAGCAAGCCAGAGGAUAUUGAGAUUCUGCUCAGCAGCAAUAAGCACAUAGAGAAGUCUCGGGCCUAUCGUCAGAUCGAAACCUGGAUCGGACAGGGACUUCUUACCAGCAGAGGUCAAAAGUGGCACUCGAGGAGGAAAAUGAUCACACCAACAUUCCACUUCCGAAUUUUGGACCAAUUUGUGGAGGUAUUUAACAGAAACAGUCAUAUUUUGGUUGACAAAUUGCUGUCUACAAAUGGAAAGACUAUCCCUAUCCACUCCUUCGUCGCUCUGUGUACCCUGGACAUCAUUUGUGAAACGGCCAUGGGAACCAACGUAGAUGCCCAAAAGAACUCCACGUCCUCCUACGUUACUGCUGUCAACGAUGCCACCGUAUCAUUCCACAACCGCAGUAUGAAGCCGUGGCUGAGCAGAGAAGUGAUGUUCAACGCCUCGGCAGACGGGAAGACCUUCAACGCCGCUCUCAAAAUCCUGCACAAAUACACGAGAGAGGUCAUCGAAAACCGACGCCGAGAGCGAGAUGCACGACGCAGGAGCAGUCUGUCCGUCUCGGAAAAGGACCUAGGCUUUAAGAAGCGGACAGCAUUCUUGGACCAGCUCCUACAGGCCAAGGACCCCGAGGGGAUACCUCUGCGUGACAGUGACAUCCAGGAGGAAGUAGACACCUUCAUGUUUGAGGGCCAUGACACAACGGCGGCUGCAUUAUCUUUCAUCUUCUACAACGUCGCCGCCAACCCGAAAGUCCAAGAGAGCCUUGUCGAGGAGAUGGAUCAGAUCUUUGGUGACUCAGACCGCGCGGCUACGUCUCAGGAUCUACAGACCAUGAAGUACACGGAGAGGGUGAUCAAGGAGACCCUUCGCAUGUACCCCAGCGUCCCCCUGUUUGCCCGCGCCAUCAAGGAGGACCUCCCUGUCACAGGAGGCUACGUGAUCCCUGCCGGCUCCAACGUCACCAUCAGCUGCUUCCAGAUGGGCCGCAACCCAGACGUUUGGCCCGAACCGGAGAAGUUCGAUCCCGACCGUUUCUUGCCAGAAAACACCGCCCGCAGACAUCCGUACGCCUACGUGCCCUUCUCGGCCGGGCCCAGGAACUGUAUAGGACAAAAGUUCGCCAUGCUGGAGAUGAAGUCGACAGUGUCGAGGGUAAUAAGGCGCUGCACUCUGAGCCUCCCCAGUCCCGGAUACAAGCUCGAAGUGCAGGGCCGGCUCAUCCUCAAGUCCACGGACGGCGUACUGCUCAAGGUCUCGCCAAGAACUACCCAGUCAUGAUCCUCUGCCUCUCUAGUAUUCCGAUUGGACGCCCAGUCGGGCCACCUAGUUGAACCCUGUAAUCUCUGAAGAAACCGUCUUUUGAAUGAUGCCCUGCACUUGUGGUGGAGGUUGCGGUAGCAAGAAGGGGAGGGGGGAUGGCUCUCUAUGUAUGAGGUGGGGGUGGGGGGUUUCAUCGUCAUCUUAUUGUGAAUUUCCAUCUCCUACCAAUAUUAUGUUGUUUCUUUGCAACACCCGGUAUCUGCUAUUUUUAACUGAGUACAAGCCAAGAAUGAACUGCACCAGCCAUGGCAACAAUGUGCAGCCUGACAACAAUGUGGCUGCCAUAACACUCUUAGUUUCGCACACAGAAAGGCUGGUUAGAUAAUUUACAGUGGAUUACUGAACUGUAUCCCGUGGUUCUGAUUCAUCCACUUCUUCUUCUUCUUCUUCUUCUUCUUCUGCUUAUCUCUAGCUGUGGCUAUAUGCAAAGUAAGAUAUUUUUAUAUUUAAGACUUAGUUAAGAAACAUGUAAAUUAUAUUUUGUACUGAAAAAAUAAAAGCCAAUGUGAUAUUUGAA